CGCGACUUUGUCCCCCAUGGUGUUCGCGCGAUACCAUCAGUAAUUCUCCUACCUUGUCGCGUACUGCGACUACACGAUAUUCAUACAUAAUUGACGCUCAAGCCGGGCCAUAGACUUGAGACAAUACAGUCAAGAUGGCGGACCAGAAGCAGAACAACCUCGCGCAAUUCAAAUAUGCGGCGAUGUCAAAUUUGGUCCUACAGGCGGACCGAAGAUUUGUCACUCGCCGCGGAGAUGAAAACACUGGCGACCCCGAAUCGCUUGCCGGCCGGAUCAACAUCAGGGACAUGGGAGGACGUACAGCACGAGACGAUGCGCCAACACAGAAAAAGAAGUCGAAAGGUCCUUUAGACGUCGAACGAGGAAGCAUAACGGAAGGUGGAGAUGUCCUCGAACGUGAACAGCGUAAACGGAAGCGAGGCGACGGGGCAGGACCCGCCAACCGGACAGCACAAGCGGAUCUCCUGGUCGAAGGCCUCACAUACAAACCACGAACCCCCGCUACGCGAGCAACGUUCGAUCUGAUCACAACCCUUGUUGGCCGAAAUCUUGGAGAUGUUUCGGCAGCGACGGUACGGAGUGCCGCUGACGCCGUGCUCGAAUACCUGAAGGACGAUAGCUUAAAGGACCUGGAUAGAAAGAAGGAGAUUGACGAUCUUUUUGGAUUUUCCAUGGGAGCGAAGGAAUUCAACGAACUUGUCAAUCUCGGAAAGAAGAUUACCGAUUAUGACGCGCAAGACGCUGAUGAAGAGAUGGGAGAGGACAAUGACGGAUUAGACGAUGCGGAGUUGGACGAGAACCAGGGUGUCGCGGUCGUCUUCGACGAAGAUGAAGAUGACGAAGAGGCGAGGCAGACAUUCGAGGUUCGGGAUGAAGAUACUUCAGACGAAGAUGAUGAUGACGACGCCGCAGCUCCCGAUGAGCUUGGUGACGGACAAAACGGCGCUGAAGGCGACCGUGACAUCGCGGAUGGAGAAGAAAUAAUCAUACAAGGCGAGCAAGGCGCUCUAGACGACCGAACAGGAGGCUCCGAACAGCUCAUACCUACUCACGAGAUCGACGCAUACUGGUUGCAACGACAAAUCGGUCAAGUGUACGAGGACGCUCAUACACAACAGGAGAAGACGCAUGAUGCGCUCAAGAUCUUGUCCGGGGUCGAUGACGAUGGCGACGAAAAGCCGCUUCGUGAAAUUGAAAAUGAUCUCAUGGAGCUGUUCGACUACGAGCACCAUGAGAUUGUCGCAAAACUUGUUCUCAACCGGGAUAGAAUCGUUUGGGUCACAAAAUGGAGGCGGGUGGCCGAUGACAAGGAUGGACGAGCUGCUGUCGAGCGUGAGAUGAAGGCUGCAGGCCAGCAAAAGAUCCUCCAGGAGCUUCGACAGCGAGAGACUGGUGUCAAAGCAGCCGACUCUGCCGGGGCUAAGAAGAUGAACAUCGACCUCAUGGAUAUUGAUCUUCCAGACUCAAAGGAUGCUGCCACAGCCGAUGCCCCCAAGCAAGAUGGAUUGAUUGGUGGUCUGCAGCCAUCAGGUCGAGUAAUCAAUCUGGAGAAUCUUGUUUUCGAUCAGGGCAAUCAUUUGAUGACGAAUCCGAGCGUCAAGCUACCACAAGGCUCAACCAGGCGUCAAUUCAAGGGCUAUGAGGAGAUCCAUGUACCUGCUCCCAAAGCAAAGCGUGACGCCAACGAACCCAAGAACCUACCAACCACCGAAUUGCCAGAGUGGGCACGUGUGGGCUUUGGCUCCUCCAAAGAGCUAAAUCGAAUCCAGACCAGGUGUUUCCCUACAGCAUUUCAUGACGAUGGCAACAUGCUCAUCUGUGCUCCUACCGGUUCUGGUAAGACUAAUGUGGCAAUGUUAACCAUGUUGCGCGAAAUUGGCAAGCACCGAGACCCACGGACCGGAGAAAUUGCACUCGACAACUUCAAGAUAAUAUACAUCGCACCUCUCAAGGCCCUCGUCCAGGAACAGGUUGGAAAUUUCGGAAAACGAUUGGAGCCGUAUGGAAUCAAAGUCUCCGAAUUGACUGGUGAUCGUCAACUCACUAAACAGCAAAUCGCAGAGACACAGAUCAUCGUUACUACGCCAGAGAAAUACGAUGUCAUCACCAGAAAAGCCACCGACACCAGUUACAUCAAUCUUGUACGCCUUAUCUGUAUCGAUGAAAUCCAUCUCCUACACGAUGAUCGUGGUCCUGUAUUGGAAAGCAUCGUUAGUAGGACAAUUCGCCGAAAUGAACAGACAGGCGAGCACGUUCGACUUGUUGGUCUCAGUGCGACCCUGCCUAAUUACCGCGAUGUCGCCAGCUUCCUUCGUGUCGAUCCGGAGAAGGGUCUCUUUCAUUUCGAUGCAACCUUCCGACCUUGCCCACUCAAACAAGAAUUCAUCGGUGUCACAGAAAAGAAGGCUAUCAAGCAACUGAAAACGAUGAAUGAUGUCUGCUAUACGAAAGUCUUGGAGCAAGUCGGCCAAAAUCACAAUCAGAUGCUCAUCUUCGUUCAUUCUCGUAAGGAAACAGCGAAGACCGCGAAGUAUAUCAAGGAUAAGGCACUCGAAAUGGACACUAUUGGUCAAAUAUUACGUUCCGAUGCAGCAACGCGAGAAAUUCUUCGCGAGGAAGCCGACAAUGUUCAGAAUGCCGAGUUGAAGGAGCUCAUGCAGUAUGGCUUUGGAAUCCAUCAUGCUGGUAUGUCAAGAGCAGAUCGAACAACCGUCGAAGAUCUUUUCGCAGAUGGCUCCCUCCAGGUGCUUGUCUGCACGGCUACAUUGGCUUGGGGUGUCAAUUUGCCUGCGCACACAGUCAUCAUCAAGGGAACCCAAAUUUACUCGCCUGAGAAAGGUAGCUGGGUCGAGCUCAGCCCGCAGGAUGUUCUCCAGAUGCUUGGUCGAGCCGGUCGGCCUCAAUUCGAUACAUACGGAGAGGGUAUCAUCAUCACUACGCAAACAGAGAUACAGUACUACCUGUCGCUUCUUAACCAGCAACUGCCUAUCGAAUCCCAGUUCAUAAGUCGAUUGGCAGACAACCUCAAUGCUGAAAUCGUCUUGGGUAACGUACGCACUCGUGACGAGGGUGUUGACUGGUUAGGAUACACAUACCUGUUCGUUCGUAUGCUUCGAUCGCCUGGUCUUUACAGUGUCGGCGCCGAGUAUGCGGAUGACGAGGCUCUGGAACAGAAGCGUGUCGAUUUGAUCCAUGCCGCUGCGCAUGUUCUCGAGAAAUGCAACCUCAUCAAGUACGAGAAGAAGACUGGGCAGCUACAGCCAACGGAACUAGGACGCAUUGCCUCCCAUUACUACAUCACCCACAACUCAAUGUCGACAUACAACCAGCACAUCCAGCCAGGUAUCAGCGCCAUUGAAUUGUUCCGAAUCUUUGCGUUGAGUGAGGAGUUCAAGUUCAUUCCCGUUCGACAGGAUGAGAAAUUGGAACUCGCGAAACUACUCGGAAAAGUUCCAAUUCCGGUGAAGGAAGGAGUCGAAGAACCUCAAGCAAAGAUCAAUGUUCUACUUCAAGCAUAUAUCUCACGUCUCAAGCUUGAAGGCCUUGCCCUCAUGGCUGAUCUAGUGUAUGUUACCCAGUCAGCCGGGCGAAUUCUUCGCGCUGUCUUCGAGAUUUGUCUCAAGAAGGGCUGGGCUGGAGUUGCUAAGCUCGCAUUGGAUUUGUGCAAGAUGGCUGAGAAGCGCAUGUGGCCGACCAUGUCACCCCUGCGACAAUUCCCUAACUGCCCUAGGGAUGUGCUGCAGAAAGCUGAGCGUAUCGACGUGCCAUGGAGCAGCUACUUUGGACUCGAUCCACCUAAUAUGGGUGAACUCUUGGGAAUGCCCAAGGCUGGUAGACUUGUUUGUCAGCUCGUUGAAAAGUUCCCUCGCCUUGAAAUUGAGGCCAUUCCCCGACCAGUGACACGCUCUAUGCUCCGAUUAGAGCUUACAGUUCGCCCGAACUUCGUCUGGGACGAUCAACUCCAUGGCGCUUCGGAGGCAUUCUGGAUUCUCGUCGAGGACUGCGAUGGCGAAGAAAUUCUUUUCCACGAUACUUUCCUCCUUCGCAAGGAUUACGCCAACUCUGAAACGAAUGAGCAUUACUUGGAGCUUACGGUUCCAAUUGAAGAGCCUAUGCCGCCCAAUUACUUUAUCACGGUUCUGUCCGACCGAUGGAUGGGCUCUGAAACCAAGCUCGCCGUGUCGUUCCAGAAAUUGAUUCUUCCUGCGAAAUUCCCCCCUCAUACCCCCGUCCUAGAUUUGCAGCCACUGCCUGUCUCGGCAUUGAAGAAGCGAGAGUACCAGGCACUUUACGAAGAUAUUGGUCGUUUCAACAAGGUUCAAACACAAGUCUUCAAUUCGCUCUACGCAUCAGACGACAACGUGUUCAUUGGCGCUGCGGCUGGAAUUGGAAAGACAGUGUGCGCUGAGUUCGCUAUACUUCGGCAUUGGUCAAGUGGCAAGGAUGGCCGCAUCGUCUACCUAGCUCCCAUGCAGGAGAUGGUUGAUAAUCAGUACAAAUACUGGAGCGAUCGGUUGGUCAAGCUCGGCGGAGGCAAAGAUAUCGUCAAACUUGCGGGUGAGAUGACUGCAGAUCUUCGUCUCUUGGAAAAGGGUGACCUCAUUCUUGCUACUCCAGCGCAGUGGGACGUUAUUUCGAGGCAAUGGCAGCGACGAAAGAACGUUCAGUCAGUCGCAUUGUUGGUUGCUGAUGGGCUGCAUCUCUUGGGUGGCUCCGGUGGUCAUGUGUACGAAGUGGUUGUCUCUCGAAUGCAUGCAAUGGCUGCCCAGAUCGAGUCUGGUCUCCGCAUUGUUGGAUUGAGCGUGCCACUUUCUAACGCCCGGGAUGUCGGAGAAUGGAUUGGCGCAAGCAAGCAUACGAUGUUCAAUUUCAGCCCGGGAGUUCGCGCCGUGCCAUUGGAAUUGAAGAUCCAGUCCUUCACCAUCCCACAUUUCCCAUCGCUGAUGCUAGCUAUGGCGAAGCCUACGUACAAGGCCAUCACACAGAUGUCCCCCGACAAGCCAGCAAUGGUGUUUGUUCCAAACCGGAAACUAGCACGCACUUCAGCAUUGGAUCUCUUUGCUGCAGCUGUGACAGAAGACGACGAGGACCGCUUCCUAAAUGCACCAUUAGCCGACAUUGAACCAAUUCUGGCUCGAGUAAACGAACAGGCACUCGCCGAGUCUUUAUCCCACGGUAUUGGAUAUUUCCAUGAGGCCCUCAAUCCCUUUGACAAGAAGGCCGUCCAACAUCUCUUCAACAUCGGUGCGAUCCAGGUCAUGAUCGUUUCUCGGGACUCGUGCUGGGAGGUCAACAGCAACGCUCACCUUGUGAUUGUGAUGGGUACACAAUUCUUCGAAGGCCGAGAGCACCGCUACAUUGACUAUCCUAUCAGUGAAGUCCUACAGAUGUUUGGUAAAGCCGGAAGGGUGGGUCAGGACAAAUCUGCUAAAGGUGUUCUAAUGGUACCAGCCGUGAAGCGUGACUACUACAAGAAAUUCUUGAACGAGGCUUUGCCUGUUGAGAGCUACCUUCGUGACUUCCUUCACGACGCUUUCGUUGCCGAGAUAAGCGCGAAGACGAUCGAGUCGACCCAGGAAGCUGUUGACUGGACCACCUACACCUACUUCUACCGCAGGCUUCUCGCAAACCCGAGCUACUACAACCUCCACGAUACCUCCCACGAUGGUCUCAGUGGAUAUCUCUCUGAACUCGUCGAGUCCACGUUGAAAGAAUUGACAGAGGCCAACCUCAUCGAACAUGAUGAAGACGAGGAUACCAUAACACCACUGAACCCGUGUAUGAUCGCCGCUUACUACAACAUCUCGUUCAUUACCAUGCAAACGCUCAUGAUGUCGCUUAACGAGAAGACUACCCUGAAGGGUGCUCUCGAGAUUAUCACAGCUGCGACUGAAUUUGAAGACGUCCAGAUCCGCCGUCACGAGGACCACAUCUUGAACAAGAUAUACGACAGGGUGCCUUACAAGAUGCAAGAACCGAAUUUUGAAACACCGCACUUCAAGGCAUUUGUUCUGCUGCAGGCACACUUCUCGCGCAUGCAACUUCCCGUCGACCUUGCCAAAGAUCAGGAACAGAUCGUCAAGAAGGUCCUCACCAUUCUCAGCGCAAGUGUCGACGUCCUCUCUUCGGAAGGCCACUUGAACGCAAUGAACGCAAUGGAGCUCUCCCAGAUGGUCGUACAGGCUAUGUGGCAGAAGGACUCCCCAUUGAAACAGAUCCCGCACUUCGAUAAUGACACCAUCAAAGCGGCUCAGAAGUUCGGAGUGAAUGACAUUUACGAGUUCAUGGAGGCCAUGGACCCUGAAGAGAACCAGGACUACGAGAAACUCAUCAAGGCGCUUGCGCUCGACAACAAACAGCUAUCCGAGGCUGCUACCUUCACCAAUGAGUACUACCCCAAUGUUGAGCUCGAACACGAGGUUCUCGAACCCGAGGACAUUGCCGCGAACAGUCCCGCAUACGUCGCUGUUAAAAUCACGCGCGAGCUCGACGAAGACGAUGAGCCAAAGACGGACGUCCAUGCGCCCUUCUACCCCGCCGACAAGACCGAGAACUUCUGGCUCGUUGUUGGUGACCAAAGGGCCCGCACUCUGCUGGCCAUCAAGAAGGUUACUGUGGGAAGGCAGCUCCAGACAAAGCUCGAAUUCACAGUCACGGAGCCCGGUCGCCACGAGCUCACUCUUUUCUUGGUCAGUGACAGUUACUUGGGCAUUGAUCAGGCACCCACCUUCGAGGUCGAUGCUGCGGAAGGAAUGGACGAGGAUGAAGACUCGGAGGAGGAAGAGGAAGAGUAAGAAUUGCAAUACACGAAGGUAUAAGGAUUGUAAAGGACAUUGAAAGCUAGUCGGCAUCUGGCAUGGGCGUUGUGGGAGGAGUUUUAAAAAUCAGGCUUAGAUCUGUAUGGUUUAAUUUGCGUUCUAGUAUGUACGAAUCAGACAAUGCUCAACUGUAUAUUAUACAUAUCCUGGGAUGAGUUCGAG